AAUGUAUUUUUGGGCCAAGUGUACCUAAUCAUCUUCGUCGCAACCUCUCAUCUUCACACCGUCGACAACAGCGACGACCAUGCCUCGUGAAAACAGCUUUUCCGACUCUGAUGGUCGUUCGUUGACGCCGGACCUCUCAGAAGAGGCGGCAAAUGGAGGCGCCCCGCCCAUGUCGCCAACCUACGCAGUUCGACCGCCCUUCGUUGCUGAGCCAACGACCCAAGAGCAGGCUCAUUCCCAUGAUUUGCAUGUUUCGUCGUCAAAGCAUUCCAUCCAUUCUCGAAAAACCACGCAUAGUCGAAGAACAAUGCAGCCCGCGGACAGGUUUCGUGGGGCCGUUCGCAAAGUCAUUGCUAUGCACCGAGGCACAAGCUUGAUAGCUACACGAGGGAGGGUGGGCGCUGAGCCGGGUGUCGAUCCUCGUCGUGCCUCUGCAGACGUUCAAUAUGGCAGUAUCAGGCAGAACUGUGUCAUCGAGGUCUUCGACUAUUCCUCUGUUCGCCAUAGUUUUGGACGCAUGACGAACAAAGAGUUUGUCAAUUUUCUUGAUGACGCUGACGCGAGCAAGCCAGAGCCAUGGGUCAAGGUCAGGUGGAUUAACAUUGGAGGUAUGAGCUGGGAUGUCAUCAAGGCCGUGUCGCUCAAGUACGAUCUCCAUCCUUUGGCCCUUGAAGACGUAUUUCAUACACGGAGCCAAACACGUUCCAAAGCUGAUUACUACAGCAAGCAUCUCUUCCUUCGUAUCCUUGUCCACGAGAUAGGCGAUCCUGAUGACAUUCCCACACCCCUGCAUGCGACCGCAGCCUAUGGCUCUACGCUCACGGGUCUUCCACGGACUUCUUCUCCAGUGCCCUUUAAAGACGUGGACAGCAUUGAGAUGAAGGACAGCGUCUUUGUCGAAGACGACCGAACGGUAUUCGGAGAGAUUACACCUAUGCCUGCCAUGAGGAAAAGAAAGGGUCGUAGUUCGGCAGAUCCGGAAAAGGGAGGUUCCACGUUCCGCAGACUUGGCAGGAUCGCCAUCCUUGAUGCCGAUGAAGAGGCGCUCAAGCAGCAGGCGGAGGAAGAAGUCGCGCUUCAGGCCUUGAAGAAGGAGGGUGACCGAGUAAAUGUCAAAGUUUAUCCCUUACACAUCUUUCUAUUCCGAGAUGGCACGGUUAUAUCAAUGCACGGAAAUCCGUCGCUCGAUCUCACUCAACCCAUCGCCAAUAGGCUUAAUCAGCGCGAUACGGGGCUUAGAGCAUCGGCUGACCCUUCUCUGCUGGUUCAGAGUUUGUUGGACUUGACUGUCGACAAGGCAUUAGAAGUCAUCGAUGUUUACCAUGCCAAAAUCCAAAAAUUUGAACGUGCUAUCCUCUAUAAACCUAAAAUUAAGACAGUUCGGAACCUGCAUCUUCUUAACGAGGAUCUCAUUCUGCACAAGCGUACCAUGGAACCGAUCAGGACCGUGGUAUAUGGACUACGUCGGUAUGACGUCGACCGAUGCGCCGCUCUCAUCGACGAAUCUAAGUCUGCGGUGGAUGGAAAGGUCCAGGUAGUCGGUUUCAUGUCCCACAAGUCCAAAAUCUACCUGGCCGAUGUGUACGACCAUGUGGAGUAUAUCCUAUCAAGCUUGGACAUGUUUGCAGGAAUCACGCAAAAUCUGAUCGACUAUACGUUCAAUAUGACCUCCUAUGAGAUGAACGAAAUCAUGCGUCGAUUGACGAUAGCGACUAUCAUCUGUCUUCCGCUGACACUGCUCACUGGUUACUUUGGAAUGAACUUCGAAUCUAUGUGGUCAGUUAAGAUUCACUCGGAUGUUCUAUUCUGGGAGAUUGCUAUUCCUGUCAUGUGCCUUGUCAUACCUCUCGCCAUCUGGCCGGACCUUAUGAGGAUGGUUCAUUAUGUGAAGAAGAAAAUGCUUACUCGUAAGGCCGUAAAGAUGUAUCGUCGACGAUAGAUCAAACAAUUAUACCUAGCUCGCACCUCACUUGCAUUUAUAUCCUUUAUACCACAUAUUUAGACAUACGACCCAUACAUUUUAUCACCAUAGUUGCAUCCACACAUUUCGUACACCUCCAUUCUUUCAGGAUCUUUAAGGACAGCGUUUAUUCCAUAUGGUCGGUUCAUUUUAUAGGAUUCUGUAGGGUGUUAUCGUCUUUUACUUGGAAAAGUUAAAUGGAACUGAGCAGGGUAGUUUGUAGGUUACAGUUAAUACACCAUGUGCUACUGUUAAGUAGGGUGUCAGGAUCAUGGGGUGCAGCAGGAAUCAGGAGCGGAGCGCAGGUGGGUGAGAUAGUUUACAAAAUAUUGAUACAAAAAUGCGAAUAAGGAUCCAUAGAUAAGGACACAUCAGAAAUCCUCGUCGGUAGAGCUGAA